AUGACUUCUAAACCAUCUAUUGGGAAUGAUCGUUCAUCAAGGAAAACCCAUAUUGGCGAAGGUUGGGAUGAUGCUCCCGAGUGGCAGCUGCAAGAUAGUAUUACAAACAGGCCAGAAGGUAUAAACGGAGAUGUUUGGCUGUCGAGAGAUGGAAGGCGCGUGAAAUGGUCCAUUGAAGACCAUUGCGUACGUCAGUUUGCGUACAGCCAGAAGAUUAUCAAGGCUGGCUACAUCGAUUUUGAAAAGACAGCGGAUUGCUUCGUGGUGGUACUCUCUGAUACUGCGCAUGUCUAUUCUUUAUCAAAGGGAAAUUCUUCGACAGUCUGUUUCCCGUUUCUGAUAGGUAAUGCGUUCUGGUACGCUAAUGGGGUGAUCUUGGAGAGAGAUACCUCAGCUUUUUGCAUGGAUGGUGUCAACGAGUACAGACCCAUGGAGUUCGAUUUAAGUCGUAAAUACAUUACGUUGACGGAUCCGAUGACACCGUUUGGCUUGAUUUCCAUUACAAAUACCUUCAAGGGCGGCAUCAAUAGUGCUUCAGGCAACAAAAACGAUUGCUUGCAGGAUUUGCAGCUUGUUCUUUUCCCCGGUGACAAGGAAAAACACAUAGCAGUAUUCCUAGACCGAGAUUCCAGGGUUUUACGAUUUUAUUACAGUAGAAUUCUAUCAUCAGAUCAGUCAAGAAAGGGAGAGCUAACGAGCUCCUCGACGAAGAAAUUUGGUUUCGACACCGGAAGCAAUAGCCAAAAGACUGGCGGGAUAACUAAGGAUUUGCGUAAAUUCUCACUUUUGACGCGCAGGUCAACAUCUAUAAACUCCAAUUCGCACGAUUUCAAUGCGACUGAGAGGAUCCUCAGCGGCAAUUUAAGUAACGCUCCAGCCAGGACAGAUAUUUUUGCCCUACCGUCUUCCUCUUCAAGAAGAAGCUUAUCGGCAACCCUGGACAGGAUGGGCAAUAAUAUUACCUUGAACAAUAGAGCCACACCAUCUCCCCUUUUCGAUUUUUCUGCCAAUGCAGCGGCUCAUGCGAAUAUAACCCCAGUGUCACAACCAAUGCAACAGCAACAGCAGGAAUACUUAAACCAAACAGCAACUUCAUCGAAGGAUAUCGUCUUGACAGAAAUAUCGUCUAUGAAGUUGCCGGAUAACAUUACAUUCACUUCCCAACGUUUGAGCUCUAUACUGAACACUUUGAAGUUUUUAUCUUUGAGAUUCGGAAGUAAAGAAGCCCUCUUGAUACUUCAUGAACCCACUCAUUUUUGCAAAAUUUGGUUGAUUGACCUUUUACAAGAUGUACUUGAUUCCAUUCCGUUCAAAAUAUAUGGGAACUCACCACAAAACAUGAUCAGACUGGAAAAUUUAAAAAUCAAAGACUCAUCAAGAAUAAAGGCCAUGCAUAUACAUAAGCGCCUUGAAGGAUGCCUAAUUUUGGUGUUGAAAAAACUGAAAGGGAGAGAAUACGAAUCGUUUUUAUACAAUCCCUUCAUUAAAAUUUCAUCGCCUUUCAAAAAUGUUUCGAAAGAGUUCAUUAAACAAAAUUUUGCUCCCUCUUUGCAACAGCAUUUUCCCUAUCCCGAGACCAGCUUCACUAAGCUUUGCUUUGAAGCCCUUAAGUAUAUCACCUCCCCUGCGUUUAAUGUUUCCUUUAUAUUUCUAUGGCAAUUUGCAUAUUCGUUUCUUCUUUCAAAGGUUGACAAUGCAGUUGGAAAUUUGAAGUUAGAGCACGAUGCCUUUUCACUAAUUCUUUCUCUAUUAAUUUUGCCGAUACCUGACUCUUCUACUCAGGAAUAUCACGAGUAUAAUGAAAUAUAUGAAAAUGAGUUAUUUCAACAAUUAAAGCGCAACCCGGAAACAACAAGUUCUGUACUGCCGAAGAUUGUUAUUGGAUUACAUUUAAUACGAGAAGAAUACUCCUUGAAUGUCUUGUGUCGCACUGAACACGCAUUGUUGGGGCAGUUUCUCAUAUUCGCUACUGCCGCUAUGGGCUGGCCUGAAUUAUGGCAAAUGUACUACUUACCCAACGUGGACCUAGAGUCAAAGAGUUUUCUACUUCCUGCGGAGCAGAACUCAGCGUUUGUCCAUCCAUUAGACGAGCCACCGUCCAUUACCAAAUCACUAUAUAGUAUAACUGAAAACACUUCAAUACCGUUAUGUCCGUUCAUUAGUUUCUCGAGGCUUGCAGCAACAGACACUCGGGUUGAAUUGCACAUCACCCCAAGAAGUUUCAAAAUUUUAGGGUUGUAUGAACUUGUACACUCUGCAAAUUUUCUACCGGAUUACAUCUUAGGUAUUCUGUCCAGCUUAAAAAUAGACAAAAGCGAACUACAAACAUAUCCGUUAGGUAUUCUAGUCCCACUACAAAAUAUUUUGAGAAUUCUGGAGGAUAGAUUAUCUGAAGUACAAGACAACUUAGAAAUGCUCGACAGAGCUGAUCUACAAAGAUGUAGCGCAAUAAUCAAAAGUAUAAAAAAUAAUUCCAAAGAAUUUAUUAAGCGAGGCCAAAAAGAUAAUUCAAUAUUAUGCAAAUUGCCGGUCGCCAGAGAUACAGGUUCUUUAUGUAAGAAGCCCGACGAUAUAUACUCAGUAUUAUCCGAGAUCGUGAAGUGCGCAAGUCAAGUUCCUCGGGAUGGAUCUGCUAUGAGGAUGUCAAACAUCCAGGACGAUGAGGACAUUGAUGAGGGACGGUUCCUCAAGCUAAACGCAGGGCUAAUAUUUUCAGAAGAUAAAAGAUUCACCCAUGUCGUAUCAUUGUUAGCGUACUAUAGGCCAACUCAGACGCAAUUCUUUACCACUAAGAUUGAUUAUGCUCAAGUGCUGGCUCAAAAGAAGUAUUUUGCUAAAAUCAUGGCCCUGAGAACCUGUACGAACGGCAUUGGAUGGGGGGCGGUAGCGUAUGCAACAGAGAAACCUAUAUCUACGCAAAAAUGGGUAGUUCAGCCUCUUAAUAUGAUUUCAGUGUUCCCUGAUGACACAAAAAUAGGUGUGAAGGUCCCAGAAGAUAUCGGGCAUGAUGUCGUUAAGUGGGGGCAAUUUCAUGCCGGUGUUAGUUCUGGUCUCCGUAUUUCCAAAAAGGCAAAUGGGAUCACGGGUAGUUGGAUUGCCUUCAAUAAACCAAAAGAACUAGAUGCAUACCAUGGUGGUUUCCUUCUCGGGUUAGGACUUAGCGGACAUUUAAAGAAUUUAGAAGAGUGGCACAUAUACAAUUACCUCAGUCCCAGAAAUACUCAUAUAAGUAUCGGAUUACUUCUUGGAAUGAGUUCAAGCAUGAAAGGCAGUAUGGACUCAAAGUUAAUCAAAGUUAUUAGUGUCCAUCUUGUGGCCUUUUUGCCUAGCGGGUCUAGUGAUUUGAAUAUUGAUCUAAAAUUACAAACUGCUGGUAUUAUAGGGAUGGGCAUGUUGUAUCUCAACUCGAGGCAUAAAAGAAUGAGCGAUUCAAUUUUUGCACAGCUUGUUUCAUUGCUCAAUGUUAAUGACGAAAUGGUAGCUGAUGAAGAAUAUCGAUUAGCAGCAGGUAUAUCGUUGGGCCUUAUAAAUUUGGGAGCGGGUCAGACAAAAUCUAACGAGUGGAACUCAUCCUUAUUAAGGCUGGGACACCAUCUUCCCCAAGAUAUUUAUUAUUCUAGUGAUGUUGAACAAAAUACAAUGAAUGAAGAACUUACGACGAAGUUGUUGGAGAUUAUUGUCAGCACAUAUGAUGUAGAAAACGAUCGGAUACCAGAAAACUCACAAAUCGGUGCCGUGAUGGCGAUUAUGUUUCUAUUUUUGAAGUCGAACAACAUUGAGAUUGCCAAUGUGCUGAAAGUUGACUUAAGAGCAAUUUUGAAGUCAAACGUUAAUACUCGUCCCGAAUUGUUAAUGUACCGAGAAUGGGCAUCGAGCAUGAUUUUAUGGGACAAUAUAGGCGAUGACGUAUCAUUUAUAAUGAAAGAUGUCAGCACUGACGGGAAAUUUGGUGAACUCAAUACCGAUUUGCUUCCUACAUAUUAUACUAUGGCGGGAAGAAUUCUAGCUAUGGGAAUUAGAUUUGCUUCUUCUGGAAAUUUGAAAAUCCGCAAUGUCCUUCUUUUGAUUGUUGAUAAGUUUUUGCCUUUUUAUCAAUACCCCGGAAAGCAGAAUCUCGAUUUUAGGCUAACAAUCUCUGUUAUUAACGUUUUAGUUGACGUCACCAUUGUGUCUUUGAGCAUGGUUAUGUGCGCUAGCGGCGAUUUAGAAGUCUUGAGGAGAGUUAAAUAUCUACAUGAAGUUGUGUCUGGUCCACAUUCUGACUUAUUCCAAGUAAUCCCUACUUCUAAAAGCAAUGGUGCGGGUGCAUCACAGUCAAGUUUAAACGCUAAUACCCCGGGGAAUAAUGACUACACUGAUGAGAGAAACGAUGAAAUAACAGCAUCUCUCGAUGAUGAAAGGUCCAUGAAUGGUAGUGACAUUAGUGAUCCGACGGCAUUUUUGGAAGACAAAAAGGAUAUGGACGAUCAUUACGGUAAGUUCAUUUCCACAAAUCUUGCCUUGGGUUUUCUUUUCCUUGGGUCUGGGCAAUACGCUCUCAAUAUUUCUACUUUAGAAUCUAUUGCCUUCUUAAUUAUGUCGGUUUUGCCUACGUAUACAACUCCGCAUCCCUUGCAAGAGUUAAAGCACUUUUGGAGCAUGGCUGUAGAGCCUCGUUGUCUAGUAAUCAAGGAUAUUUCUACUGGUGAUCCAGUAAACAAAGUUCCUAUUGAAUUGGUGGUUGAGAAAGAUAUUGAAAAAGAUGAAGUGAUAAAAGAGAUGUUGACACCAUGUUUACUCCCCGAUUUCUCUAAGAUUAGUUCCAUCAGGGUGAAAAUGCAUGAUUAUUUCCCAUUAGAAAUUAAUUUUACUAAGGAUUUUUCAGCCUCUGAUUUUUUCAGUAGUGGUACCAUUAUUUAUAUACAAAAGAAAUCUGAAAGUAUAUUCGAAGAUAAAGCAUCGUUCAAGAACACAGAGGACAUUCACGUAGCACUUAAGAAAAAGGUGGCAGAGUCCAAAAGUUACCGGAAGUUGAUUCCAAAAACUAAGCGCGGAACUUCAUCUCCGUCGCAACUAGUUGAAAGCUUGGGCAUUCAAGAUUUGACAAUGGUGGAGCUUGAUACCAUUUUGAAUCCUGAAAAUAACACAGCAUUAACGGAUUCUGAAUCUUAUAACUUAGGUUUACUCUGCUCAGACAAAAAUAGCGGAGAUGUUUUGGAUUGCCAACUUGAGUUGUGGUACAAAAGCUUUGGACCACAUGCUGAUUAA